UGUGUUGAUGUUGAUAGAAAACUUUUGCUUAGGUCAAAUGUAAAGAGACAUUUCGGUGUAUUUGAACUGAUAGUACGAGUGUCAGUCGGGCCAUCACUUCACCAAUUAAGCGUACAGCAUUUAUGUUCCCCUGAGGGCAUAUUUUUAUUCGAUGUCGAUGUCAACGCCAUUGUUAAUAUCUAAAACCAAACCGUAUAGGUUAGGAACUCGUUUAUUUUGGUACCUUCUGUGUUUUUUCAUUGGUUGUACGUUCACUGUUUUUUUCAUUAGCUCAUCGGAUUGUUUGGAAUCUGAUGACCAGGUGUACUUGAUGAAAAAGGAUCAGAGUGUCAGUCUUAAAUCUAGUAAGAAAACAUUACUCAUAAUCAUUCUAUCUGCUCCUGAUCAUGUUGAAAAAAGACAUGCCCUGCGACGAACAUGGUUAUCUCUCAUUGAUCAUGAUCACGCUAAAUACUUAUUCUCAAUUGGUACCAAAUCCAUGUCUAAGAAUGAGCUAAAUAAAUUGCAGAUAGAGCAUCAACAUUAUUCCGAUUUAUUAAUUCUCCCUGAAGUUGAGGAGGAUUACAAUUUGCUCACAAAGAAAUUACUUGUUUCAUUGUCAUGGGCAGACAGCAAUUUCGAAUUUGAUUUUGUUUUGAAAGUGGAUGAUGAUAGUUACGUCAACAUUAGAAAUCUGAUGAAAGAGUUGAUGCAGAAAGCUGAUGCCGACAAAUUGUAUUGGGGAUAUUUUAAUGGUCGGGCUCAGGUCCGUCAAAAGGGAAAAUGGAAGGAAACCAGUUGGAAUUUAUGUGAUCGAUAUCUGCCAUAUGCUAGAGGAGGUGGAUAUAUUAUUUCAAGACAACUAGUGCAUUAUUUGGCUCAAAAUUAUUUGCUUUUAAACCUAUUUAAGAAUGAAGAUGUUGCAGUUGGAGCAUGGCUUGCACCCCUUAAUGUCACUCGUGUUCAUGAUGUUCGGUUUGACACGGAGUGGGCAUCAAGAGGGUGCUCUAACCAGUAUCUUAUCACUCAUCCCCAGGAAAUCUCUGAAAUUUAUAAUACUCACGAAACAUUAACAAACAAUGGGCGCUUGUGCAAAGUUGAAUUUGAAAAACGGCCUGCUUACGACUAUGACUGGAGUGUACUUCCUUCUCAGUGUUGUAACAACCUUGCUCACUAAAAGUUUUACAUAAUGAAACAUUUAAGAUCUGCAUUGUAUAUUUUAAUUGGGACAACAACUAUGUUUGUUUUUUUUUUUUUUUUUAGUUCUUAGCGUAUUGAAAAGACUGACUUAACAGCAUUAGUAUUAUUAUGCAAAAAUAUUUAUAGGUAUUUUAUUAAAAUAAAAUUACAAAUUGACUGAAAAUAAAGGAAUAUUCUAGAGAAAUCAAAAAAAAA